AUGAUAGCUUCUGCGACAAUGUCCGAGGGCGACGGUGUCGUCGAUGAGCGCUCUCUACAGGAGCAAGUGGCCAAAUACGCCCAAGAGGCUGCCAAACGAAUACGUUCCGACGGCGACGCCCAGUUUCAGGAGCUGCACAGCAGCGCCGAUUCCCGGAUCCGCUCACUGGCUGAAGACCCAUGGGCCGACCAUGCCGCACUUGACGCCGCCACCCCAGCCCUCAAGGAUGGUGACCACGUCAAAUUUCUCGUCCUCGGGGCCGGCAUAGGUGGUAUUCUCAGUGCCGUGCGGCUCCUCCAGAAGGGCUUUGGCAGCGGCGACAUCAGGCUGGUGGACGGGGCGGGAGGUAUCGGAGGCACAUGGUACUGGAACCGCUACCCCGGCCUGCAUUGCGACGUUGAGGCGAGCGUCUACAUGCCGAUCCUUGAGGAGAUGGACUACAUGCCAAGCCGACGGUUCGCGCCGGGUUGCGAGAUCCGUGCGUACCUGGAGAACGUGGCGCGGAAGUUUGGGUUCCAGGAUAGCAUCAUGUACCGCACCCACGUCGACAAGCUGGCUUGGGAUGACGAGAAACUCGUCUGGCAGGUGGAGAUGACUACCUGCAGGGGUAGUGGCGGGACGGAGAAACACAACUUACAAGUACAGGCCGACUUCGUCAUCCUCGCGGGCGGGAUAUUCCCCGUGCCCAAGGCACCCAAGCUGGAUGGUCUGUCGAGCUUCGGUGGACAAAUGUUUCACACUUCGCGCUGGGACUAUAAAGUCACCGGUGGGGGCGGGGAUGAGCCAUUCCCGGCUCUGGACAAGCUACAAGGCAAACGUGUAGGCAUAGUGGGCACAGGUGCAACUGCGGUCCAGGUCAUCCCGGUGCUGGCUAAACAUGCAGCCGAGCUAUUUGUUUUCCAGCGUACGCCGUCGCAGGUAUUCGACCGCGGACAGCACGACAUGGACCCUGAUCAGUGGCGGGAAAAGGUGGCGACUGGCCCAGGGUGGCAGAAGAGGCGACAGGAGAGCAAUGCCCGGUGGAUGGCCUCAGGUGGAACGCUGCGCGGGAUGGAGGAGAAGCUUGUGGACGACGAGUGGUCAAAUUUGGAUGGCUGGUGCAGUAUCCUGGGAGGAGGACCUAUCCCCCCACCCAUGCCGCAAGAAAUACCAGAGUACAUCGGAAAAUUUGUGGCCAUGGAGCUGCCCGGCUCGGAGCGCGCCAGGGCGCGGGUUGACAGGCUAGUCGAGGAUCCUCAGACGGCGGACAAGUUGAAGCACUGGUAUCCCACCUGGUGCAAGCGGCCGACGUUCCACGACGAGUACUUACAGACAUACAACAAAUCGCACGUACGCCUGGUGGACACCGACGGAAAAGGCGUAGAGCGUGUCACGGAAAAGGGGGUAGUGGUGGCGGGCACCGAGUAUCCCGUGGACGUGCUCGUGCUGAGCACCGGAUACCGAACCCUCGGGGCCUCAGAGCCCUCGCGGCUUGUAGGUCUGGACAUCAUCGGCCGGGGCGGACAGACCCUGACGCAGAAGUGGGAUGAUGCGGCAGCUUCGCUGCACGGCGUCAGCUCGCACGGGUUCCCGAACCUGUUCUGGCUGGGGAACACGCAGGCAGGAACGACGGUCAACUUCAGCCACGUGCUGGCGGAGGAGUCGUUGCACAUCGCGUACAUCAUCGGGCAGGCAUGUCGAGGCCGUGAGGAACAAAAGGUCGUGGUGGAAGUGACUCGCGAGGCCGAGGAGGAAUGGACGGGUGAGAUACUCAAAGGUGCCACUUACGGAGCCGUGGUGGGAGCAUGCCCGCCCAGCUUGCUCACUUCAGAAGGGGAUUUCUUGAAAAUGACGCCGGAAGAGGGGCUCAAAAGGGCGAGAGCAAGUCCCUUGUCGCAAGGGCUCCUGGAGUACGUCAGGCGGAUCGAGGCGUGGAGGAAUCAAGGUGAGCUGCAGGGUUUGACAAUCACGACUUUGCAGAAAAGCUGA